CAAAAAUAUACUCAGGACGAACCAAUUCGAGGUUGUAUGUACGACGACUGAGAACCAUUCCAGUUAUCCGAUGGCUGCCUCUCAUUUGGUCGGCUUAUCACCUGGACUACAGUACUUCUCUCAAAACUACCAAAACCACCCAUCCUCAAGCCCAACCCAAUCAUCCUCACCCAUCCUACCUCACCUGCCUCCUCCCAGACCACCUCCAAAUCCAUUCUCUUGCCUCGAUUCACUACGCAGCCUAGAGAAAAAUCUGACUCAGCCGAACCUGUUCGACGAAACUCAUCAGCAAACCUCUGAUUGGUCAACCGGUAUCAAUCGAUUCAUCGUACGCGCUCCUGUGGCUAAUCGCUCCCAUACAGAUUCCAUCAACUCGAAUCCCGUCUUUGAAGAUGAAGAACUCUGCUGGAAAGCAUCAACCUUGAUCUGGUCUAAAGGAAGCUUGAUCUUCAGAAAAUUUGACUAUUCAACUACCAACUCAUCAUUCAGUCAAGAUUCGACCCCUACCACAUCCAGACAACAUGUCAUACAGGCCCUCUUUGCCUACUUCGAUCCUCCCAGCUCGACUGACCCCUCAACUACUGGCACCCCAGCUGACCAUCUACAAGCGCAUCUCUCCUUUGAAGAUCAACUCGAGUCAACUCCGUUCGAAAAAUCUAAAAACCCAUCUCGGACCUCAUACCUUCAAACCACCCCCACUGAACCUUGGUCUGAUAAUCGAUUGACCCAGCGCUCUGAUCAACAGAAACGGUGGAGAUCAUCCACCACCACUCCUGUUCGGGCGCUAUGUGUCUUAUUGUCUGAAGUCUUCAAAAUCUAUUUUGACACCGGUGAAGAAUACACUCUAGCAGUCCCAUUUCCUAUUCAAAAAGUAUGGCCGAUCGAACGGGGUGUGAUGAUGAUGAAGAAACCAACUUCGGUUCGUCCUCGGCCAUUUAUCCGGACAAGCCAAGUCUCACCUGGUCCUUCGAAUCAGCUCAAGUUAAGAAGCAUGUCAAUAAGAAGAAGUAUUUUGGGUGACAGUCGAUUGCCAUCAUCUGCCCAGGCCGCCUCAACUUCAGAGCUCUUGGGUUUUGAUAGUAUGAUUACUGAGAAUGAGACGCAUCUAUGGUCAAGCUUUACUGGGGCUGAUUUAGAGGAUCGUCAAGCUCCCGAUCAUGACCAGUUGGAAGAUGGAGAUGAUGGAGCUGAUGAACGCGAUCUAUCAGCCGAACUAGCUCGCUAUUGGGCAGAGCGCAAACAAAUCGAGUCCUCGAUGCUAUGGUCACUCUCUGAUCCAUGUACUAACUAUCUUCAACCUGUCUUAACAACAGAAAGACUCAUUUUACCAGACAUCAGCACAGAAUCCACUCCAUCAACAAAAACAUCGGACGAACAGAAUAGUAGCGCAAAUGGAAAACACGCGACCUCCCCUAAAUUUUGCAAGGCAUUCGUACCCCUAGCGCCAUUGGUAACUCCCUCUCGCCGGCCCGGUUGCGCCUUAUCUUCCGGGACAGUUGUCUAUGUCGCCGACCCUAAGAUGGAUCCACACCAUCCAAUUUGCAUCACAGCUUCUACCGAAGGAUUUACGAUCCUUCUCUACGGUCGUUUACCAUCAAACGCUUCAACUCCCUCUGGAUUGAUAUCACCAUUUGAAUGUCCAUCACCUGUUGCUAUUCCGGAAGAAGAUCCCAUCGAAGAGGAAAUUUUUCUAAACCCUCUGCGCUCCCCCACUCCACCCUCCCAAUCCCAACUUGCCGAUGAGCCUCAACUACGCAGAAGUCCAAGCAAAGAACACUGCAUCGCGCAGUCAUCUUUCGCCUGUUGA